CGAGUUGGGAGUUAUAUAAAAGGCGGGGCAGCGCUUGGAUUUCCAUCUUCCCCAAAUUUUCCUUGCAGACAAUAAAAAGUUUUUAACUUGCGCAGGAAUCGGGCUUCUUUUCUUUGGGAGUUUGAAGGCUUUUGUGUUGCUGAAAACGCCUCGUCUAAGAAUUUCGUAUGAUGAGAAUAUUUUCUAGGAGUAGGAGGUCCAUGAAAUGAAAUUCUGCAGAAGGUAGCGGGAUAAGAUAUGGCAGUAAAACCAACAGUUGCCUUGAGAGCUAUGUUAGUGGGAGGGAUAGCUGCAUUUGCCAAAGUAGCUGGUGUAGUCAAGGCUGCCGGUGGUGCCAAGGUGGGUGUGGCGGCAGCUGCCAUGACAGCAGCAGCAACUGCAGCUGUAGGAACAAGACAAGACGACGCGAAGAAGCAAAUGGAAUGAGUUUUUUCUUUAGAUGUAAUCUGUAAUUUCUGUAGCAUUAGUGUUGGCUGUCCUGGUGCGUCGCGGGAACAGAUUUGCUGCAUUUGAUUUGGAAUUUUUGAAUGUAAGACAAUGUUGAAACACUUGAAAUAAACGAGAUGACUUCCUAAUUAAUCUCAAUUUACUCCA